UUCAAACUUUAUAUUAAAAUUUAUAUCAUUGAACGGAGAAUUUUAACACACCUAGGGAAGAUAUUUUGAUGGGAAUGUUCAAUACACCUAGGGAAGAUAUUUUGAUUGUUGGUGGUUUUCAUUUCUGUAAGAAUAGUGCAGAAAUAUUUUCCUGGGAGAAAAACGGUUGGUACCUGCAUGUACACAUCCUUCAUUUGUUUGCAAAAUCUCAUGGGAGCGGAAGCGAACGAAGCCAAAGUCACGAUGAGUCAAAUGUUAGAGAAGUUUAAUAUGCUUGAACUGCUCAGCAAACUGCCAUCUCCGACCGAGGGAAAUAUGUUCAAUACACCUAGAGAAGAUAUUUUGAUUGCUGGUGGUGACUGUGAUAGCACAGAAGUAUUUUCCUGGGAGAAAAAUGGUUGGUAUGAGAUUUCCCAAACGAAUGAAGAACAUAUGAGAGCUGCAUCAUUUAUUUAUAAAGAUCAACUAUUUGUUGUUGGGGGACUGCGUACUAAGACAAUAGAGACCUUGGAUCUCAAUGAAUUACCUUUGAAAUGGAUGGAAUUUCCUGGCGAACUUCCUUAUGAAAGUUAUGGUCAUCAAACUGUUGUUUGCCAACAGCGCGUCAUUCACACUGGUGGAUAUAAUAAUGACGAGGAUGAAAAGUCUAACGUGAUUAGUGAAUUGCAAGUUACUUCACCUCACACACUGAAUGGGUUGUGCCAAAUGCCCCAGCCACGAGAUUGUCAUGGCGCUGAGGUUUUUGAAGAUAAAGUCUUGAUCUUGGGAGGAGAUGAUGAUAAGGAAGUUGCUUUAGACAGUAUGUUGGAAUUUGAUCCAAAGAAGAAUGAAUGUAAGGAGCUGCCAUCAUUACCACAUCCCCUGACAGAAAUGGCAACAGUUCGCUGGAGAGAUCAAGUUGUUGUACUUGGAGGUUGUGAUAAGGACUAUGUAGCUCAGAAUGAUGUUUUCAUGUAUGACUGCAAGACGGGCAAGAUCACAGCCUUGCCAUCCAUGUUGGAGAAGAGAUAUAAUUGUUGUGCAGUUAUUACUGGAAAUACAAUUGUAGUCAUGGCAGGUGAGAAUGAUGAUGAUCUCAGGUCAGUGGAGUGUUUUACAAUGGGAGGUUCUACAUGGAUGUAUCUUCUCAGCAUGAAUAAUGCCAGGUACCUCGGUGUUGCUGAAGUUCUACCAUCAACAAGGAAAUAUAUCUAAGUUCAACAUUUGUCCGCAAAUUUGCAUUAGAAGUUGGGAUUUCUGACUGAGGGUAAAGUAAUACGAAUAACAAAGUUUCUCCAAGCAACAUGCAAAAACUGAUUCCAAUGCCAUGUGUUAUGUUCAAAAUAUUUUUUCAUAUUUUCUUGUCCCAUUUAGCUAAGUUUUGCCCAAAUAUUUUCAUUAAACCAGCCUUUGUUGCCAGUUGAAGCCAUUGUGUUGUUGCAUUGCUAUGUACCUAAUGGCUCAAACAGGAGAAAUAAUAUAGUAAAAAAAUGCUAGUGAUCUUAGAGAGCUGCUCCCAUCGGUUAAUUUUCGUCAUCGAUUAAUCAUUGUCAACAAUCGAUUAAUAUUGAUUAAUCGUAUUGAUAAUUAAUUUAAAUAUGACAAGCCCAUGGUGGUUUGACAGGUUUCUAAAUUGUAAUUAAACUUUACUAAAUUUUUGGUUGUUUCACCAGUCAGUAUACAUUUUAAAUCUGGGUUUAAAAUGAAAAUUAAUCUCAAUUAUAGAUUGCACAUGUUCUCAUGCUCUUACACUUAUAGGAUUUAAGGCUAAGACUCUUAUGGGUAAUUGGUUUAUAUCUGCACGCCGCAAUAUUGGACGCAAAUGGUAAUAAAUUAUUCUAAUAAAAGAACUUUAAAUAUGUUUUUGCAGUACUGGUAACCUGAUCAGAUUAUGGUAAACUUUGCAUGUUGCGACUGAAAUUGAUAUUUGAUCCACAAUGUUUUGAAUCAAUUUGCCAUUUAAUGUUUCAAUCACAAUUUUGUACUCAUUCCCGCAUCACUCUGUGUGGUGUUAUAGAUGAUCAGAUUACUGUUAAGCAUAAUCGAUUGUGGAAAAAUGAUUGAUAGAUCGAUUGAUCGGGAGCAGCCCUAAGUGAUAUACAGUACGAUUGUUAGAAGUAAAAACAUUAAUUGACAAGUCAUUAUUUUGGGAACAAAUCACAUUUCACUUUUUGGCACUGAAUUACUUUAGCACCAGUGCAUUUCAAGAAAAGUAGACUGCACUUAAUCAAUCGAUAGCUUAACAUAUCUGUGUCUUUCAUGGAAAAUAAAGUACAUUUUUAAUCAUAUAAUCUCAGGUUUCUACAGAAAUUGUUCAUCUUGUCAGUAAUAAGAAAGCUGUGGAUACAACUACCUUUGCAGAUACAACUACCUGAAAAAUACAAGCAGAACUUCGUCGUUUCUGGCGAAGGUCCUUCGUCGUGAAGUUAGUAGCCAUUAAUCCUUGUAUUUUUCACGUAGUUGUAUCCCUAUCAAUCCCCAGCUUUCUCGUUUCAAAACUAGUUUCAUAUUAUUCAGACAUUGCAGAGAACACUUUUCCUUGUAUACUCUGCAGUGUCAGAAUAUCAUGGAACUACAAUCUUGGCAAAAAGUUAAUGAAACGCC